AUGUUCACCCUCCUGCUCUCCAGCCCAGACAUUGCGAACCACCCAGGGAAGGGCCCGCGGCCCCUGCAGAGCCAGUCAGACUGCUGGGACUUCCAGAACCGGAAGCUCACUCCUCCUGGCUGGCUCGGGGCCACGUCUGGCAGCCCUCUGCGACCAGAAAGGGAGGCGCUGUGUGAGAACAGGGCAGAGGCUCUAAAAGCAGAGCCGGGAAACAGGGAGAAGCUCAAUUCUAAUCAGAGCCUGAAGCCAGUCUUGCCCCAGAAGUGCCGAGCUACAGGUGGUCUCCGGUGUGUUGGAUUUUCCCUGGCUGACAUGGUCCUUCACAACAGCCACUUCUGCUUUUAUGAUUACCGGAUCUCUACAGACCCACUCCUGUGCAGUUAUUUCUUCCCACUGUGCAGUGACAACAUCAGCGCCAUCCUGUGGCAUGCUUCUCAUACCUUCACUCCCCUGCUGCUCUCGUCCCCCAGUGAGACGAUGUGCGGUCCUUUCCCACGUCUUCUGUUGCAGCUGGGAAAGCUAGUGGACACCCUUCCUACACUUCCUGCACUCCUUCCCCUCCGAGACUCCGCUCCGCGCAGCCUGCCACGGGAGGCUCCUGUCCCCGCCUCUCUGCCGGCCUCAGCUCCUCGGAGCAUCAGGGGCUGGGGACAGGUGUCACAGCGCCAACGCGGGGACCUACCUUGCUCUCGCCCUUGUCGCCGCUGGGUCUCGCCUCGGGAUCGUCGCUGUCCUCUGCGCCGGCACUCUCGCCGGGCGGUUCAUCCGGAGCCGGAUGCUGCGGAGGCAGCGGCGGGGGCUGGGGUUGGGGCUGGGGCGGCUGUGACGGCGCCUGGCAGGCUCCUCCAGCCCCCUGGGAGCGGGGGAUGGGCUCCUGGCGCGGAGAAACUCCCUCCACAUCCAUCUCCAUCUUCCCAUUCACUGGAGGGCAAGACAAAAGCGGAGCGCAGACUUGGCAGCGGCGCCCGGCGGUGGCUUAGCUGCCCGCGGCACGCAUGGCUCGCCGAGGAGGGGCCGCCUCUUGCGCGCCCUCCCUCCCGCCAGCCUUCGCCCGCGCGCCCCGCAGCUCGGCUCGCUGCUGGGCUCGGCACCGGCGGCGCCGGCCCGUGGAGCGCGAGCAGCGGGGGCUGCGCGUCCUCGGAGUGGUGGCCUUCGGGCGCCCCCGGCAGUCCCGCUAAGCCGAGCGCAUCCCGGCGGCGCCGACGCCUCCCAGCCGCACGCCCAGCCCGAGGCCGCCCGGGGAUUCGGUCCCAGCCCGGCCUCCAGAUCCUCGGCGCUUUCCAGCCUCUCCGGGGGCCCCUCGGCGUCUCCCCUCCCCUCCGCCUCGGAACAAAGUUACUGGAAGAACAAUCUCGUCUCCGGGACCUGCAGGCGAAACUGACAGGAGAGGGGCCGGUCAGGUCGGCCUGGGCCCCUCCCUCGCUCCCUCCCGAGGCCGCGCGUGCCCCAGGGUCACCGCUCCCGCGCGCACAGAGCAUCCCCGCGCUCCCGUGGCCCCAAGCCGCCCUCAGCGCCGAGGGCGAGGACCAGAAGGCGGUGGCAGAGGCUAGGCGGCAGUCCACCUACCCUCGCCUCCACCGGGUGGCGGGCGGCACCCGCAAGGGCCCUGACAGUCUACUCUGUAUGAAUCGGACCACUCUGGGUCCCUCAGGAAAAGCACAGGCUGGCAGUCAGUGCCGAGCAGGGGAAGAAAACAGGGAGGAUCCCCGAAGCAAAUGGUUUCAGCAGCAGUUAGGACUAUCCCCUCAAACCUCUCCUGGGGCCAGCAAGCCGCCAGCAGCGGCUCCUCACAGCCUUCCCUGCGAGUCUUCACGGGGGCGGCUCUGCUCCACCCCGCAGCCGGAUAUCGCGAGAGCUCAGCCUCACGUGGGCACCCGAAUCGGCUAG